GAUCCAACAAGAGUAGAGGAGACAGCAAAUUACCUAAGAUGUGAGAAGUCCUCCCUUAGCAAAAUAAAACCUUGUUUUCAAAAUGGACCGAAGUAAGCGGAAUUCAAUAGCAGGAUUUCCACCACGCCUGGAGCGCGCUGAAGACUUUGAUGGUGGCACUGGAGGAGAAGGGACUGCAUCCCAGAUAGGAAGAGUUUGUACCUCUUCAUACAGAGCCCUAAUAAGUGCCUUUUCCAGACUUACUCGUCUUGAUGACUUCACAUGUGAGAAAAUUGGCUCUGGUUUCUUCUCUGAGGUGUUCAAGGUAAGGCACAGAACUUCAGACCAGGUAAUGGCUUUGAAGAUGAACACACUGAACAGCAACAGAGCAAACAUGCUGAAAGAGGUUCAACUUAUGAAUAGACUUUCACAUCCGAACAUCUUAAGGUUUAUGGGUGUCUGUGUGCAUCAAGGACAGCUGCACGCACUUACUGAGUACAUCAACUGUGGUAACCUGGAACAACUAUUAGACAGUAACCAGCAUCUGCCCUGGACAGUGAGGGUGAAACUGGCAUAUGAUAUUGCUAUGGGAAUCAGCUAUCUUCACUAUAAAGGCAUUUUCCACCGAGACCUUACAUCCAAGAACUGCUUAAUAAAACAUGAUGAGAACGGAUACUCAGCAAUAGUGGGAGACUUUGGUUUAGCAGAGAAAAUUCCUGAUCACAGUGAGAAGUUACCAGUGGUGGGUUCACCCUUCUGGAUGGCACCAGAAGUUCUCAGAGAUGAACCCUAUAAUGAAAAGGCGGAUGUGUUCUCCUAUGGUAUAAUUCUGUGUGAGAUUAUAGCAAGAAUACAGGCAGAUCCAGACUAUCUCCCUCGCACAGAGAAUUUUGGAUUAGAUUAUGAUGCCUUCCAGCACAUGGUGGGAGACUGUCCUCCUGACUUCCUCCAGCUGGCCUUCAACUGCUGUAAUAUGGAUCCAAAGUUGCGUCCUUCAUUCUCUGAUAUUGUCAAAACACUGGAGGGUAUUUUAAACCGCCUGAGAAAUGAGGACACGGAGAGAGAGAGAAAGUUUUUGAACCUUGACAACAGUGAAAGAAAACCCAAAGGGUCAAUUGAAAAAGGACCAGGAGUAAAACGUUUGAGUUCCCUCGAUGAUAAGAUCCCACCGAAGUCACCCCGUCCACGUCGGAAUAUCUGGUUGUCACGCAGCCAGUCGGAUAUCUUCUCCCGCAAGCCUUCCAGGAAGAUCAAUGUGCAGGACCCCUACUAUACACCUAACAAAGGGUUAGGCCGGAAAGUGAAUCCCUUCAGUGCCCGGGAGGACCUCAAAGGGGGGAAGAUCAAGUUCUUUGACAUGCCAAGCAAGUCGGUGAUUUCCCUCGUGUUUGACUUACAUUCUCCAGAGGCAGGUGGGAGCCUGAACGCCAGCCAGUCCCAGUUCCGGCAGCCCUAUAGCACAGACUGGCAAGAAUCCUCCCUUCUUCCUGGGAGGAGAUGCAGAUCACUUCCGCUCUCUCCUGAACUGCCACACAAGGAAUAUGGACUGUUUGGGGGACUGUCUUCAACUGUCAGCAGAUGUGACCCAAUCCAGCUGGGUGCAGAGGUUCGGCAAAAACUCCUCAGUAGCAGUAAAUAUGGUGUGUCAGAGAUUCCCCCCUUUCAAGCCAAGCCUCACAGGUCAGGAUUUCUUCCUGUACCAGGACAAGAGGAGGAUAUGGACUGUUCAGAUGGGCCAGUGGCCCAGGAGGAGAAUGGGUUUUGCCGUGUUGAGAACACUUGUGGAGAUCCAGCAUGUAAUCAGCCAUCAGUGCUGGCCCAGCCUGAGUCGUUAUCUUACAAAAAGCUCCCAGUUGAGAAUUCAGUGAACUCUGAGGGACAUGGCUCCUCACAAGUGUUUGCAGGUUGUAUCCCUUCUGAAGAGAUGGAGGUGGAAGAUAACCUGCUGAAAAAUACUCUGCUAGAAUCUACAAAGCCUCUCUUCAGCGUUAGUCCUUCUACUGAACUGAAGAGAGAGGCAUGGCCCUUCAGGAAGCAGGAUGGGGACAGUCCUGCCCUGUUGUCUCAGACGUCCUCCAACAUCUCAGCAAGUGGCAGCACACAGUCAGCUUGUGAUAUAUGA